UCAGCUUUUUGCUGUAAACCAGGCUUUCAAACUGGAUAUCAGCUUAUCAAACCCUUCCACACUUUUUUAUUUAGUUUGGUCUGUUAUUUGGUCGUGGAAGACACCCCACCUCUUUUUCUUGCACAAUAAUCAUGAGUACUGGUAUUGAUUCUGUAUCCCGUCUGGAUGUGUUUCUGAGUUUCAGAGGCCUAGACGUGCGUAGAAGUUUGGUUAGCCAUCUCUAUACUGAGCUUUCUCGGAGGGGCAUAAAAUGUUCUUUAGAUGAGGAGGAGGAGAAAGAUAGAGGGAGGCAGGUUUCACCUUCCCUUCUCCGUGCAAUUUCAGAGUCGAAAGUGGCAGUGGUUGUGUUAUCUAAUUACUACGCUUCUUCGAGCUGGUGUUUGGAUGAACUGGAAAACAUUAUGAGUCAUGCUCGAAAUAAAUCGACGGCCGUGGUGCCUAUCUUCUACGAGGUAGAUUCUUCUGACGUGAGAAAUCAAAGUGGCAUAUUCGGGGAGGAAUUCGAGAGACAUGGUCAAGAAGAGAAUCCAGAGACGUUGCAGAAGUGGAGAGACGCUUUGAUAAAACUGACCUACAAACCUGGCUUCUCCUCUCAUGAUUCGCAGGAUGACUCGAAGCUGGUUCGCGAAAUUACGCGUCACGUGUCUAGUUUGUUGUCUGAAUCUCGUCUCCAGAAGGAGCUGCGUCCAGGAAAAUCAAUUGAAGAAAACACGUUAACUGCAAAGAAAACUUCUUCAGGUCGGCUAGUCUCUGAUUCCGACAAGCUUAUGUCUAUCAUAUCUGACUCAUCCAACAGCCUAGUUACCAUGGAUCGUCACAUGGAAGUGAUGUAUGAGAUCUUGGAGUUACAAUCUACUAGCGAAGUUAGAAUAGUUGGCAUUUCAGGCGUCACGGGAAUUGGCAAAACUACUAUUGCGAGGCUUAUUCACCAGAAGUUAUCCACAGCUUUUCAAAGUCAUAGCUUUCUUGACACCUCGAAGAUCGUUCAUGAUCCCAUUUCAGGCACUCAGGGAAUUGGCAAAACAAGUAUUCUGAGCAGCCUUUACCAGAAUUCAUUUCAAGAUCAUUACUCACUUAAGACUUCGAAGACCAUUCACGAUCAAGGCCUCGUCAGCCGUGCUUCCUCAUCAGGUUCAAUGAAAAAGCUUCCUUCUCCAAGAGGUCUGAAAAGAAAAUCAUUACAAACGAGUUCUGACUUGGGCUCUGAUGAUAAAAGGACACUGUUUUGGCACCAAAAAAGAUCUUUGGUCAUAGUUGAUAACGUUGAGACUAUCAAACAGCUAGAGGAGAUCAUGAAAGAUGUGAGUUGGCUUGGUCCAGGAAGUAGAGUUAUUAUAACCACACAAGACAAGAAUUUACUUUUAGCUUGUGGAGUUGAACAUGUCUACGAAGUGGACUAUCUGAGAUAUGAUGAAGCUCUUGAGCUCUUCAGCCAAUGUGCAUUCAAGAAACAGUACCCAACUGCAGAUUUUGAACAGCUCUCGGUCCGUGCAGUACAGCUAACCGGCUGUCUUCCUUUGGGUCUUAAGCUUCUCGGUUCUUUUCUAUGUGGCAAAACUAAAGAGGACUGGGAAACAGAAGUGAAGAGUCUCGAAGCAAAACAAGAUAAAGCUAUUCUCGAACUAUUAAAGAUUAACGUCCAGGGCGUACCACAUGGUCGAACCAAAGAGGACAGGGAACAUGACGUGCAGAUGCACGAAAAAAAGAAGAAGAUAAAGCCAUUGUAGAACUAUUGAAGCUUAGCCCACAACGCAUACCCUCACACUGCAUAUUCUUACUACCACAAAUCUUUAUAUAUCUAUCUUAUUAAAACAGAAACAUUUUGUUGGACCUAACUACUAUUUUGUAAGAUUUUAAAUUGAA